AUGGAUAAAUACAGCGAGGUACAGAACGCAGUGAGGGAUUUGUCAAGUAUGUUACAGGCACCGCAGGAAGCGGUAAAGAACUACAGCAGCGGCUAUACCAUGGACACUCUUAUUUAUAAAAAAGAGUCUGUUGGCCUGCCUAAGGAGAUAGAGGAAAUGGCACAGGAAGGAGGAGUUGUUGGCCUGAUCGAUGGGAUGUCUUCUGUUUGGGGGGCUGUAAAAGGCAAAUUAGUAAUAUGGAACUACAGUAACCAAAUGAUAAGCGAAAUAGAGAUGAAGGCUCAGAAAGUGCAAGCUAUAUUUGCCAUUAAGAGGGUGAAGAACAUUUUUACAUCCAAUGUACAGCACUGCAUCCUUGUGUUUACAGAGCAUUCCAUUAAUAUGAUGUGCCUGUGCAAGAACCCAGCCACGUACAUUAGUAUGGACAUUUCAGUGGAUCUUCCGGUGCAGAUGACCUGUGUAUGCGAGAACGACGCAGGAAGGAUUUUUAUGGGGGGAAAGGAUGGAAACAUAUAUGAAUUUGUGUACGCAGAGAGCAGUUGGCUAAAGGGAUAUACCGCAAAGAUAUUUUCACACACGCACGGGAUAAUGUCGCACGUUCUUCCAUUUCUAUAUGCAAUGGGGCGCAAGGCUGCUGUAUUGCAGAUAGUUCCUACGUAUAAAGGAGUGCUGGUUUUGUUCAAGGACAAUACUUUAGAGGUGUACGAGCUAGAUAAGUACUUGAAGAAAGUACGGACUGCAGACUUACAAGAGCUGAACACAACCGAUAAAAUACAGCUUGUGCGUGCAGACGGAACUAGAUGCCAAGCAUACUUGGUUCUUUCUGAUGCCACUCGGAUGUUUUUGGACUGUAAUGGGUAUCUUUUAGGGAAGAGACCAAUGACCCCUGCUAGAAUAAGAUCGCGACUAGUUGCACCAAGCUCUAUAAAAGAAGAGAACUUCUAUCAGAUAGGAAAGAGUUUAGUAAGCUUUGGGAGAAAAGAGAGUGAAAUGUUUAUCACAACGAUCACACGAAACAAAACAGACACAACAACCCCAGAGAACUGUUGUACAAUUAUGACUGGCACAGAGUACUUGCAAAUUGCUCUGUCUGGGGAAAGUUCCUGGAAGAACCUGGCCGAGGGACUUAUUUCAGGGGAGGAAGUAGUUUGCUUGGGAGUUAACAAGAUUGAUAUAUAUCACAUUAUGAAUGGGGUGGAAUUAAUGGAGAGGGCAACAACAAACCCAGAAGGCAUGUUUGCAUUUAUGCAGAGAAACGGGGCUGAGCUAUCGCUUAUUUCUGCUCUCUAUGCAGUUGCAAGAGGAGCAACUUCGCCUGCUAUAGACAGCUUUUUCAAAAAAUCAGAGCCUUUGCAGAAGAAGGCUAUUAUCACAUGUGCGGGAAUAGUUGUGUAUAAGGUGUGGGGCGUUGACAUAUACAAAAUGCUAAAGGACGAGUCUGGGCUAGAGAUCAGUGAGUAUAUCGAUGAGAUAGAAAGCGCGAUUGCUAGAACCAAGCGACUGAAGAACUUUAUUAUUAAAGAGUGCAUAAACAUUAACAAUAUUCGAAUUGCAGAGGACACGGUUGUAGAUAUGCUGGAUAAUAUUGCAGAGACUUUGCACUACAUAAAUAUACUUAUGGAGUCAGACGCUCUAUAUAUUUUCGAUGAGGCACAGAAGAAGAGCGCAAGUGAACUUGAGUUUACGUAUGCGAACUUCCUUCGACCGGUGACAGAUUUGAGAAGAGCAACACUCAAUGCUCUUGUAGAUUUGAACUUAAGCCAGAAGGCAACAGUGGACAGUGUGACUAGCGAGCUCAAUGAAAAGUGCUCUACACUGUUUGCCCUUACAGACACUCUGCUGCUAAAGGGGAAGGAGGCUAUAGAGAAGGCCUCUCGCGCAGCAACCAGCGAGGACCGGAAGUGGUAUCUGGUGAAAAGUAUGGAGUUCUUCACAAAGACUGCUGCCAAAAAGUACCUCCCAGAAAUUGUGGAGAUGUACUCUAAUGUAAAGUUUUCAAAGGGAAUUCUAUAUGCCAUCCGCGCUGGGUUCAGUUCUAUUACAGAAGAAGAGGCCACUGCAUAUUUCAGAAAGAUCGAGUGCACAGAGGAGAUUCUUCUAGAGGGGCUUAAAGACGAAAGGCCUGCUCUGUGCAAUGCUCUGCUAAACUCUGCAAUUGCAAAGAUUUCAGAAGGAAGCCUUUCAGCUGAUACAUUACUUAAGAUAAAGUCGCCAUAUCUGGAGGACUAUCUUGAUCGGCUGGACCGAACAUCUGACUCAUUGGAUAUGUGCGAUCUCAUUUGGAAAUACCAUGCAAAGAACCAAAACUACUCAACUGCUGCCCGCUAUCUGCUGCGGUCGGCGGAAAGAGCCAAGCCAACCAUUUCCUUAGAAAAAAGAAUAGAGUACAUAUCGAUCGCCAGCACUAUGCAGUCGGCAUCAAAGGAAAGCGAUGAUCCUGCACUAAUGGGGCACAUUAGAAACUAUGUGCCUCGUCUAGGCCUCUGUGCAAAAGAAAGACUGUGCAUGGCGCAGAGGCAGGCAGAUGUCUUAGCUGCUCUUUCUUGCGCAUAUAAUGUUGCAGAGUGCGAAGGAUCCGCGCCACAGGCGAUUAUUGAGGAAACCUUUGUUCGCCUGGACACAGGCCUACUAAGCUUUGAAGAGCUGUUUGAGAUAUGCGUUAUGUUUGGUUUUUCUGUGCUUGCACUGAAAAUAUCCGCAAAGGGAGAAAUCGAUGAUCCUAUUCUUAUGAAAACUCUUUGGGAUGAUGCACUGUCUGGACCAUACGACCAGUGCAUUGAAAUUCUGAAAGGAAACCCUGAAAUCAUGGCUUCUGCACCGAUGGAUGUAGUCUUUGAUAUACUUGCUAGAAAAAAGGUAGAAGCGCCACAAAGCGAUGAGAACCUUGGAUGUGCGCUAGUAACACUGGGUAUGUCUGUUAUAAAAGCUGCGUGCAUGCUAGAGCAGAAGGGAAAGAGCUCAGAGUAUGCGAGUCCGCGCAGUAAAAAGAUUAUCCUCGAUGAAGCAAUCACAUUCUGCGAAAUGCAUAAUUUAACUGAAAUACGGCACCGAAUUGGUUCUUUUAAGAUGUCUCUGGGAAUAUAGACUAAAUGACACAUUCCCGUUCUAUAAUAUUAUCUAGAAGCCUGCAUGAGUCACUAUUUUAAGAAUAUAAAUGGCA